AUGAUUUCUUGUUUCCUAUUGAGCCUUAUGUAUUUUUUACAGCAUUGUCUUUUGAUCAAACCUGUAAUUAAAGUGAUACCUAUCAGAAAUAAUGGGAAUCUUCAUUUUUCAUGGAGCGAAUUUUAUCAGGAUGAGCAAAAUGAAAAAAUAAGUCAAAAUGAGUUUAACACUACUGUAUAUUCGUCAAGCACGUCAUAUUACCUAAAGAAUCUGAUUAUUCAGAAUUUACAAUCAAACGCAAUAUGCCUGCAAAAUCAAACUUCAAUUAAAUUUUUAGUUGAAUCAUGUUCACUUACAACAAUUAUUACCUUAGUACCUGCAAACUUCGGUGAAAUUACAAAGAUAUGGGAUGACACAAAAGCAGGGGCUUUUUGGUUUGAACUUCAAGGCAAUAGUCAGUGCAUAAUAAAUAAAUGCUCUGCAUAUAAUUGUUAUAACAAUAUUGAUAAAUCUUAUUACUAUCUUGAUGGCGGAAAUUUUGCAACUUUUAGACAUGCAAGAAAUAAAAUUUUAUCAACAACAAUUCAAUUUUGUGGGCCUGAACAUCAUGGUGUUAAUGCAUUUAGAUCACACGAUACAUCAGGAAAUUACACAGGGUUGAAUAUUACUAACUGCAAAUCCUAUAAUACGCCAAUGUUUACGGUUUUUCCAAGCAAAGAUGAUUCAAUUAAAUAUUCAUUAUUUAAUGGAAACUCUGCGCCAAGGACUGGACAUCGGGCAAGAUGGGGAACAUAUACAUACACGUCAGAUGGACCAACCUAUGGUGUUGCUGUUGUCUAUGAUGGAAAUUUCACAAUAGACAGCUGUUACUUUGUUAAUAAUACUGCAAACUACUUAAUUUGUUCCACGCAUGGUGUAUAUAUUAGAUUCUUAAACAGUGCAUUUGUUGACAAUGAAAAUGACUAUAUAGCAUAUGCAAAUAAAGGAAAUAAUGAAUAUGGAUUGUUCUUCUCAAAAAUCUCUAUCCAAAAUUGUUAUUUAGAAGGAAGAAACGCAAAAGUUACUGGAACUGGUAGCGCAUUAAUCUCAUCAGAUAAUGAGAAUAACCCUUUAAUUAAUUCUGAACUCAUCAACCAAAUUCGUAAUCAACUGCGCACUGUUCCAAUAACAGAAGCUCAAUCUAUUUAUCAUUUAAGAAUGAAAAGAGCUCAUGCUAAAUACUAA